UGGUAGCAAGUAAAUUUGUUUCAAAGCCUGAAACUCCAAAAGUAACUCUCAUUUCUCUGUUCUUCUCCUCCCACUAUCACACCCUCCACCAUCGUAUUCUGUUUUGAUAAUGUGAAUAUUGAUUUGGGGGGUCUUCGAAACCAGGAUUUUAUAACCAUGGCAACAAAAAGAGUAAAGGUAGAUUGUGGAGGAACGGUGGACGAGUCCCAUACCAUGAUGGAAGAUCGAAUAUCACAGUUACCUGAUCCUUUGAUUCAUCAUAUUUUCUCAUUCUUGCCCUCUAUUUAUUUAGUACGAAUGAGUCUUCUUUCUCAUCGUUGGAGACAUAUGUGGGUUUCCGCUCCCUUUAUUUAUUUCAAAAACUUUUGUAAUAUUACUUUCGAUAAGAAGGUGAGCAGUCGAGAUAGAGUCUUAAAGUUUGUGACCAACUAUGUUAAACACCGUGAGCUAUGUAUGCACAUUCCAAAUACAUCCAUAAUAGGUUUUAAAUGUGACACGCCUUAUUGGUUCGCAAGCCGCAAUGGUGCUUUUAGACAAAUAGAUGAUUGGUUGAACUUUGUUGUUAGAAGUAAAGUGAAGGAGUUAGAUCUCCAUCUCAAGGAGUAUCUUUUACCUCCGUUCGUUUUUAAUGCAAGUUCAUUAACCGUCCUGAAGUUGACUAAGCUGAAUUUGUUUGUCCCUUCUCUUUCAAGCUAUCCCUCUUUGAAAGUUCUCUCUUUGGAUUGUGUGAAAUCCAAUGCUAGGUCACUUCAAAAUCUUAUUUCUGGAUGCCCUAUUAUUGAAGAAUUGUAUUUGUCAGGCUCUGAUAUCGGACGUUUACAUUUUGCUGUUAGUGAAACACUUAGAAGUCUGUCAUUAUUGUCUGUGGAUCUUACUAAUCAAUGGCUUGAUUCCCUAUUUUCUCGACUUCCUUUGCUUGAGAGAUUUUUUUUCAAAUUUGGUAGGUUGAAAUAUGUUAGCAUUCGUAGUCAUAGCCUGAAACAUGUUUCGAUCGAGUAUUUUUAUGCCAUUGAAGCUGCUCUUACAACACCAAAUUUAGUUAGCUUGCACAUUGUUUGUGAACCCUGGUCAAAAAUUUCUGUUGAAACUCCCAAUCUGUUAGAAGUUGUCAAUUUGACCCUCAAAGAUGAUGGAAUGAUUAAAGACUCAUAUAUUUCUCUUGUACAUCUUCUUUCAAAUCUGAAUUUCUUGAAGAAGAUGGUGCUGACAAUUUACAAAGAUGAGGUUCUCAUAUUUCCGAAACAUAUAAGACAGAAGUACCUUUCUCCCAUGCCUAAUCUGAAGCAUCUGAAGGUGAUGAAGUUUAGUGGCCGUAGCUUUACUAAAAUUGCAGAAAUGAGGGAGUCUUUGCUUUGGUGUGCACCUUCUUUGGAGAGUGUUGAAAUUGGAAGAAAUUGUAUAUAGAAGGAUAUUGUAUUGGUAGAUGGUAAAGAGAAUGAGGCAGUAGUAGGUAUACAUACCACUAAGUACUUUUUUUUUUAUAAUUUUUUGGCCUUUUUUAAUUUAAAGUAAUUAAUAUUAUCUAUAUCUUUUAUAUUUUUGUUCAUAAAAAUACAUGUAAAAACAACGUCUAUGAGACGUUUUCUAAAUUUGCCCAUAGGCCUUAAAAUUUUUUAGUAGCUUUUUUAUAUUUUGUAUUUAAAGAUAAAUUUAUACAACUUGGUUGAAUUUGAUAAAGAAUAUAAAUAUGAAUGAUGAUAGAAGUAUCAGCUACUAAUAAGUAAUAUGUUAUUAUUAUAUUACUCAUUUGUAUUUAGUAACAUUUUUAAUAAUUGAUUUGUAUUUAGUAAUAUUUAUUUUCUGUUCAGCUUUUUAUAUUUAGAUUGUAUUAAUUUUUCAGUAAAUAAAUUAUAACACAUCACCUUAUUACAUACAUGAUUUUUACUUUUAUUUAUACUUGAAUUUAAUCUCAAUAAGCGAAUAAACAAGUCAUAUUACUUGUAAUUAAGUUUUAGUCAAAUGGCUAUAUAUAAUAAUGGUUAAUUUAAAUUAUUUUCAAAAAUAUUUUUAUUAGAUAUAUAAUUUUUUUUCUUUUCAUUUUACAAAAUCAUUUUCUAAAAACUAUUCUGUAAAACAUUAUUGGAUAGGUCCUCAUGUUGCCAUCGGUGGUUGCCCAUAAGGUGGAAAUGGAAAGAUUUUUGAAAAUGAGAAAAAAAAAAAUAAUUAGAAAUUUGAGAAGUGGAUGAAGAGGUUUAAGGGUAUGUUAGUAAAUUUGAGAAAAGAGACUGCAUUAAUUUUUUUUUUCUAUACUGCAAAAGGCAGGAAAAAAUGAAAUUUUUUUUAAUAAUAUUAAAAUAAUUCUUUCAACUAUACGAUGUCGUUUUUACAAGGCAAUAAUCACAUCGGCCAAAUUUUCUCCCAUGCCUCUCGUAUAUUUCGUUUGUAAUUCUGAGAAACGAAAAUCCCAAAAUCACUCACACUCUUCUGUUUUGAUAAUGUGAAUAUUGUUGGUGAGGUUCUGUGAAAGCAGGAUUUUGUAACCGUGGCAACAAAAAGAGUAAAGGUGGAUUGUGGAGGAAUGGUGGAGAAUGAGUGCCAUACCAUGUCGGAAGACCGAUUAUCACAAUUACCUGAUCAUCUAAUACAUCGUAUUUUCUCAUUCAUUCCCACAAUAUAUUUAGUCCGAAUGAGUUUUCUUUCCAAGCGUUGGAGACAUUUGUGGGUUUCUACUCCUUUUUUAUAUUUUGAAGACUUCAGUACUAGCAUUUUCGACAGGAAGGUUAGGAAUCGGAUAGGGUCUUAAAGUUUGUGACUGAUUAUGUGACACAUCGCAAGCUAUGCAUGAAAACUCCAAAUAGGUUCAUAGUAAGUUUUAAGUGUGACUUGUUUUAUAGUUUGGCAAGCAGGAACAGAGCUUUUAGACGAGUACAUGAUUGGUUAAACUUUGUUGUUGAAUGUAAACCAAAGGAGUUAGAUCUCCAUCUCAAGAAUUAUGUUUUACCUGAGUGCAUUCUUAAUGCAAGUUCAUUAACUAUUCUGAAGUUGACUGACAUGGAUUUGUUUGUCCCUUCUCUUUCAACCUUUCCCUCUUUGAAAUUUCUGUCUUUGGUGUGUGUGAAAUCCGAUGCUAAGUCACUUCAAAAUCUUAUUUCUGGAUGCCCUAUUAUUGAAGAAUUGUAUUUAUCAGGCUCUGAUAUCGGACAUUUAGAUUUUGCUGUUAGUAAAACACUUAGAAGUCUCUCAUUAUUGUCUGUGGAUCUUACUAGCCAAUGGCUUGAUUCCCUAUUUUCUAGACUUUCUCUGCUUGAGAGAUUGUUUUUCAGUUCCUAUAAGUUGUUGAACAAUAUUAGAAUCUGUAGUCAUACCCUGAAAUAUGUUUUCCUUGAGUAUUAUAUUCCCAUCGAGGCUGCUCUUACAACACCAAAUUUAGUUGGCUUGCGCAUCGUUUGUCAAUCCUGGUCAAAAUUUUCUGUUUAAGCUUCCAAUCUGUUAGAAGUCAAUUUGACCCUCUUCGAUGAAGGACCGAGGAAAGAUUCAUAUAUUGAUCAUGUACAUCUUCUUUCAAAUCUGAAUUCCUGGAAGAUGGUGCUGACAAUUUACAAAGAUGAGGUUCUCAUAUUUCCAAAACGAGUAAGACAGAAGUACCCUUCUCCUAUGCCUAAUCUGAAACAUUUGAAGGUGAUGAGGUUUAAUGGUACUAGCUUUACUAAAAUUGCAGAAAUGAGGAAUUCUUUGCUUUGGUGUGCACCUUCUUUGGAGAGUGUUGAAAUAGGAAGAGACGGUACUUGGAUAUAUUGUGUCUGUAGUUGGGUUUUUUAACUUUAUGUAAAGAGAAUGAGGCAUCAGGCAAGGCACACAAACUUCUAUGUAUUUUAUUUUUUUUUGGAACUAAAUUAUUCUAACCAUCUUCUUCUUCUUCUU